AAAGGCAGCCUAUGGGCUGUGCGGGGGAUGGGGAGAGAAGAGGGAUAGGGCCAGCAAGGCAGGCUUCGAACGAGUGUCUGGCAGCCGGGAGCCCAGCGAAGAGAGCGAGCAAGCUUAGGAAAGCGAGCGAACUAAAGGGAGUAGGGGAGACUGAGACUGACCGGUAGCCAGGCAGGCGGACGGACGCACGCCCGGACAGACUGAGCAGGCGCCGGAGAACCACUCACAGGUUCCCCCCGCCUUUCCCUUUGAAAGCUAGGAUUUUGCCUUUUCCGUGGCGCCCGAGAGAGAAUGCUGGACUCUGCCGACUUCAGCGCAAGCUAAGAUUUCUCAGCUAGGGACGAAAGAUAAGCCCAAUCCUGAGAAGGGGGAAACCAAGCACCCCUGUCCCCAUCCCCCUCCCCUCCCCCCGACUAAACUCGGGCGCCAAACCCAGCCCUUCCCUAACCAUCCUACUUCCUCCUCUCCUUUCUAGCAUGGUGGCUGUAUGGACAGUCUGACAGAACAGAGACUGACAUCUCCCAAUCUGCCGGCCCCCCACCUGGAACACUACAGUGUUCUGCAUUGCACCAUGACCCUGGAUGUGCAAACUGUAGUCGUUUUUGCCGUGAUUGUAGUCCUCCUGCUUGUCAAUGUCAUACUCAUGUUUUUCCUGGGAACGCGCUGAAUGGAGUCCAGCCACCUGAGCUGUCGCGAACUCUCGCUUUGAUUUCAUCCCGAGAGCCACCGAGAAAAAAAAAAAAAUCACAGACAGACAGGGAAAGAGAGAGAAAGAACAAGCUUUCUUACUCAGGGGGGAAAACGUUUUGAGCUUCAACAUGGCCUCGCUGUGAUAUGUAUGACGUUGCUGAUCACUGGAGAUUCCAUCGUUAGUGCUGAGGCAGUAUGGGAUCACGUCACCAUGGCCAACCGGGAGUUGGCAUUUAAAGCUGGCGACGUCAUCAAAGUCUUGGAUGCUUCCAACAAGGAUUGGUGGUGGGGCCAGAUCGACGAUGAGGAGGGAUGGUUUCCUGCCAGCUUUGUGAGGCUCUGGGUGAACCAGGAGGAUGAGGUGGAGGAGGGGCCCAGUGAUGUGCAGAAUGGACACCUGGACCCCAAUUCAGACUGCCUCUGUCUGGGGCGGCCACUACAGAACCGGGACCAGAUGCGGGCCAACGUCAUCAAUGAGAUAAUGAGCACUGAGCGUCACUACAUCAAGCACCUCAAGGAUAUUUGUGAGGGCUAUCUGAAGCAGUGCCGGAAGAGAAGGGACAUGUUCAGUGACGAGCAACUGAAGGUAAUUUUUGGGAACAUUGAAGAUAUCUACAGAUUUCAGAUGGGCUUUGUGAGAGACCUGGAGAAACAGUAUAACAAUGAUGACCCACACCUCAGUGAGAUAGGACCCUGCUUCCUAGAGCACCAAGAUGGAUUCUGGAUAUACUCUGAGUAUUGUAACAACCACCUGGAUGCUUGCAUGGAGCUCUCCAAACUGAUGAAAGACAGCCGCUACCAACACUUCUUUGAGGCCUGUCGCCUCUUGCAGCAGAUGAUUGACAUUGCUAUCGAUGGUUUCCUUUUGACUCCAGUGCAGAAGAUCUGCAAGUAUCCCUUACAGUUGGCUGAGCUCCUAAAGUAUACUGCCCAAGACCACAGUGACUACAGGUAUGUGGCAGCUGCUUUGGCUGUCAUGAGAAAUGUGACUCAGCAGAUCAACGAACGCAAGCGACGUUUAGAGAAUAUUGACAAGAUUGCUCAGUGGCAGGCUUCUGUCCUAGACUGGGAGGGCGAGGACAUCCUAGACAGGAGCUCGGAGCUGAUCUACACUGGGGAGAUGGCCUGGAUCUACCAGCCCUACGGCCGCAACCAGCAGCGGGUCUUCUUCCUGUUUGACCACCAGAUGGUCCUCUGCAAGAAGGACCUAAUCCGGAGAGACAUCCUGUACUACAAAGGCCGCAUUGACAUGGAUAAAUAUGAGGUAGUUGACAUUGAGGAUGGCAGAGAUGAUGACUUUAAUGUCAGCAUGAAGAAUGCCUUCAAGCUUCACAACAAGGAGACUGAGGAGAUACAUCUCUUCUUUGCCAAGAAGCUGGAGGAAAAAAUACGCUGGCUCAGGGCUUUCAGAGAAGAGAGGAAAAUGGUACAGGAAGAUGAAAAAAUCGGCUUUGAAAUUUCUGAAAACCAGAAGAGGCAGGCUGCAAUGACUGUGAGAAAAGUCCCUAAGCAAAAAGGUGUCAACUCUGCCCGCUCAGUUCCUCCUUCCUACCCACCACCGCAGGACCCGUUAAACCACGGCCAGUACCUGGUCCCCGAUGGCAUCGCUCAGUCGCAGGUCUUUGAGUUCACCGAACCCAAGCGCAGUCAGUCACCAUUCUGGCAAAACUUCAGCAGGUUAACCCCCUUCAAAAAAUGAUACCUACAGGGAGGCAGAUAAUUUUAAAAUAAAGUAAAUAAAAUUAUAUUUAUAGAUGG